AUGGGGUCUCAUGAUGAAGAGCAGAGCAGCGGAUCAGAGGAGGAAAUCAUCAUCAAUGAUCUUCAUGUUUCAGCUGCUCAGGAUCUGCUGAGGACUUUGGAGCAGACAGAAUCUCUUCCUGACUCGUACAGACUGAACUCGUGUGAUGAGACUCGGCUGCUGGACAUCUCUCUGAACUUCCAGCGUCAGUAUUCUCUGUUGUUUCCUGAGCGUAAAGUGCUGCUGCUCUGCCCCGCUAACGAGUGUGGCGUCAAGAAGUUUGUUUCUACGACUCUCCAGCCGACCUUAACGCUCCAUCCUCAGCUCUACACCUGGGACGCCUGCGCCUCCUUCGUGGCUGACUUCCUGUCUCUGGAGCCUUUAGAGCCACCGGUGGAGCUGCCCAGGUGUGUGUUCUCCUCCUCCUCGGUGCUGCAGAGUCAGAGAGCUUCAUGUUUUGAGUUUUCCAGCCUGUUGUGUAGUCUGCUGCUCGGAGCUAACUACGAUGCUUACUGUGUGAGCGGCUAUGCUGUGAGAGAGAUGUGUCUGCUGGACCAGAGCCUGCAGGUCUGCCCCCUGCUGGACACUCAGGAUAAGGUGGUGACAUCAGAGCAGGAACAUCAGGACAAUAAAUACACAGUGAAACCUCUGAGGCAGCUGAAAAGUCACUUUGUGAUGCAGCAAGAGAAGAAGAAGCAGGAGGCUGAAGCUGUGCUGCUUCACAGACAAACACAACAGGAGAGCGAGCGGCCCCCUGCUGACCCCCUGCACGGUUUGAGGGUGCACUGCUGGGUGCUGGUUCUGGCAGGGAGCCGCAGCGUCCAGGAGAACUUCUUCAUCGACCCGCUGACAGGAAAGAGCUACGACACCACCAACAGCAACUUCCUGGGCAUCGAGAGCGCCUGGAACGAUCUCAACUACUACGUCAACAUGCAGGACUGCAGGAACGGCUGCACUGACAUGCUGUUUGACCUGGAUGAUGUAACUCUGUGGGAGCCCGUCCUGUUUGGUGCGACCAGCAGGAAGCAGCUGAUUGUUGACGUUGUGAAGAAGAAGGAGAGUCGCAUGAUGAGCAGAAUAAACAAUGAUGACGAGGAGGAGCAGCAGCCCCGAGCCUUCGAGAUGCCGAGAUCCUGGACCAGUCCCAUCUGCAUCUCACCCAAAGAUCUGGAGAGGCGCUGGCCUGCAGGACAGAAGACGAGCCGCUACAGCAAAGCUAAGCUGGACCAGUUCAGUCCGUACCUGAGACCAGACGGGCUGCUCACUAGACUCACCUGCUACACACACCUGGACUGCUCAGCAGUCCUCUCAGUGAAGGAGUGGUAUCAGAACAGGAACGACCAGCUGGAGCAGAGAGAGAAGAACCACGUAGAGAACUUCACCUCAGAGAGAUUCACACGCGGACGCCCCUUCCACCUUCUAUUUCACAGGUACGCUCACCUGUCCGCGGCAGACACUGAGCGUCAGAUGGAGUUCAGCAGCGUUCGUGUGGACGGUCUGGUUCGGAGGGUGGAGGCGCCGGGAGUGAUGACGGAGACCUUCGAGGGCCGAGACGACUUCCUGUUCUACAGACGCGCUGACUUCCUGCCUCACGUCCAGUUCACAGGAGACGAGCCACCGCCCACGAAAGUGGUGGAGCGUUUCCACCGGAACAGAAAGAAACCAGCCGGCCAAGACGUAGCCGAGCGAGUGUUCCUAUUGGCUCAGAGACGGGUGGAGGUGACCUAUCACUUAGAGGAUCACAGAUUCGUCCCUUCGAAGAGGAGCUUCAUCAAACCGCGAGAGUCCACGGAGGAACAGAAGGAGGAACAGUUCACAGCUGACAUGGUCUCCAGCUUCCAGGUGGAUCCAGCUGAGCAGCCUGUACAGACUCUGGUUCUGUAUGAAAUGCUGGUGGCUCUGAUGGAGGACGAGAAGAAAGUUCUUCUCCAAAUCAAAGAGUCUCAGAAAGAGGUGAGGGACAUCUUGGCCUGCAGACAACAGGAGGAGACAAACAUCCAGCUGCACUUCUCUCCAUGGACAACGACUGGAGCUGCAAGAGCUCACAGCCAGAGACUGGAGAUGGAGCGUGCGGCUGCAGAGGAGCAGAGGUGGCUGCAGGAGAAGGAGCAGGAUCUUCUGGCUCCGCUGCUCGUCUCCCUGGACGACACAGAGACUCUGACUGCGUCUGACGCCAAGCUGCUCCACCAGCGCUGUGUGGACCAGUUCAAGCUCAGACUGGUGGAGCAGGCCCAGCUCAUCCAGGAGCGCUAUGAACAGGAGACAGCAGAGCUGGAGGACAAGCAGCUUUGGUUCCAGAAGAAUCAGCUGAACUUGAACCAACAGCAGAAACAAGAAUAUCAGAACUACUGCAGCAAGAAGAGUCUGAAGAUACACGUCGCUAAGAAACGGCUCAGCAUUCACAGGGAUUCGGCUCCUCAGAAGUUGCGUGCUCUGGAUCAGAGGCUGAAACGAGACGCUCGAUUGGCUCCUCACCUGAUCAGCUGA